AUGCUAAUCCAAUCGGAUCACCCAACAAUUGCUUUCCGCCUUGUGUAUCCGACGUUGCUCUGUGCUACGAACGAUGGACUCUUGCAAGAGUUUGAUCUUCCGAGCCGGACGUUGGUCCAAGCUACAAGCUUGGAGGGCACAGUCAACGAUGGCGGAAACGUCAAUUAUAUCGACAUGGACGAUCAUUUCUGGUUCGUUGUGGGCGACGGCCACUGCGCCAUCAGCGUCAUUGACCGCCGAACACAUCAUGUCGUAUGGACGAUCAACAAGCAUCUUCGUCUAUACGGUGCCCCAACAUGCUAUGUCCCUGAGCUGCUUCCAUACCCGACAGUACCACGAUUUCAGCAACGGCGACUUUAUCCUAUGCCCGCUCCUGCCCUGCUGCAACCUCCGCAUGAGCACAUGCCGAAUGUGAUUGGUGUUCAGUCUGAUCGAUGGCUGGCUGUGCAUCCUGACAAAGACACCGAUACCCUUGUCGUGCUGGCCUACGAUGCGAUCUUGCUCUUGAUUGGAUAUCAAGCGCAUUUGCUUCAUGAUGCGACACCAAAGCUUGUGUAUUAUUCUUUCCCGCCUCUGCCGCUCGUGUCGGAGCGCCUCAACCAAGCGAGUGUCCGUUGGGCUAUGGGCAAGAACUGGUGUGAGGAACUUUCCGCUGACAUGCCUCCUCAGCUCACCGUUCACAAUGGCCGCGCCGUAGUGGUGCACGGUAUCGUCACUAUGCUGGAUCUGCGUGUUCCGUCGUCACUUGCUUUCCGUCGAGACAAGCCGAGCUUUGACUCGCACAACGAGCCUCCAUCCUUUUCGGUGUUCCAGUGGUCGGAUGUGCCGGUGGAAGGCGAAAUCAAUCCAUUUGUCAAUUGCAGCUGUGUACAAAUGGAUCAGUCAGGCAUCUACUGCGUGGCUCGACAGUGUCUCGACAUGGAGCUUGACGUCGACCACACACGUCUCUCCGACGAGUAUCAGGAGACGUGCAACGCCAAAGACGCAAGUAUGGUCACGGCGUUCCGCUUUGAUUCAGCAUCGAAACCGGCUUUCCGCUACAUCUCCAGACGCGUUGUUGAGGAAGCUUUGGAUUCGUUGAUUGACGAGCUCUCGCACGUGCCGGAUCCUGAGAAUGAUGACCGCUGGGUCCCGUUUCUUGUGGAUGGAGAGCGCCUGCAUGCCGUGGAUCAAGACGUGGUAGACUCUGAGAAUGCCGAGGCUCUUGACAUGGAGGCCGUCGACAGCGAAUCUGGUGAGGCAAGCUCCCAACCCGAUCCCAGCGUGGACAUGGAGCUCAUCGAGGCUGUCCGGGCUGAGGCUGAUCGACUUGAAACACUUCGUGACCGCGAGGAAGAUGAACAAACAAGGCAUGUGUAUGCAUUGCAUGCGAGUGCCCUUCGUGAGCAUGCACAGCUGAUCGGAGGAGAUCACGACAGUGACUCGCCAGCCGAAUAG